GCCAAGCUUGCAACAAGCCCCGGCGCGAGCUCACCGAUGUCCCAUACGUCGAGGUUGCCAGCAUGGUGCCCUGCAACUACUUCAACACCAACCACGCCCACGUUCUUCGAACUCUUCACUUCCCCUCCAUUGUGGUGCCACCCAUCUACCCUCACUUGCCGGGCAAGGAAUACCUGCACG